CUAUCUCUCGCCAUUUGUGUCCAAAAGAAAAAAAAAAACGCUCACUUUCUCUCUCUUUCUUCCUAACCCCUUUUAUCUUCUCCUCUCUCUAUAUUAAGCAACCCCAAAUAAAGGGCUUUCUUCUUUUCUCUCUGUCUAUCUAGAUAAACGAAGAAAGAAAGCUUUUUGCUUUGUUUUUAAAGAUUGAAAAUUGAAUUUUGAGAGGAUCAUAUAUGUUUUCCCUUUUUGUUGGUUUUUGUGGGUUUUGAUCAGUUGGGACUUUGUUUUUUGGGGAGGAAAAAUGGGUAGAGGGAAGAUUGAGAUCAAGAGGAUUGAGAAUGCAAAUAGCAGGCAAGUCACAUUCUCUAAAAGAAGAGCUGGGUUGCUUAAAAAGGCUCAAGAACUUGCCAUUCUCUGUGAUGCUGAAGUUGCUGUUAUUAUCUUCUCCAACACUGGCAAGCUCUUUGAGUUCUCCAGCUCUGGCAUGAAGAGAACACUUUCAAGGUACAACAAGUGUCUCGAUUCACCAGAGCCUACUAGAGUAGAAUGCGAGGCAGAGAAACAAGAUUCAAGGGAGGUGGAUGUUCUUAAAGAGGAAAUUGCUAAGCUACAAGCAAAAGAGCUGCGGCUCUUGGGCCAGGACCUGACUGGCUUGAGUUUGAAAGAGUUGCAACAUCUAGAGCAGAAAUUAAAUGAAGGGUUAUUGUGCGUGAAAGAGAAAAAGGAACAUUUACUGAUGGAACAACUAGAGCAAUCCAGAGUACAGGAACAACGGGCUAUGCUGGAGAAUGAAACUUUGCGCAGACAGGUUGAGGAGCUUCGAGGUUUCUUCCCGUCAACAGAUCACUCAGUCCCAACUUAUCUGGAAUACUAUUCUAUGGACAGGAAGCAUUCUUUUGUAAACAAUGGUUCUGCAAGUACCGACGCAGCCUGCAAUUGCUCGAUGGAGAAAGGAGAUUCGGAUACUACCUUGCAUUUGGGGUUGCCGACUGAUGCAUACCGAAAGAGGAAGGCACCCGAAGGAGAAAGCCAUUCCAAUGAUUCAGGGAGCCAAUUAGUCUUGCUGUGAACUGUUAAUAGAAACAGGUACAGUUGUUUAUAGCAGUUUCCGGAGGCUUUGAUUUAGCCAAACAAAAGACGAUCCUUCAAAGUUGUAGUUAGUGUUCCUUCAGUAAACAGUGUUUCUGUUGUAGGAGAAAAACUGAUGGUUCAGGAGACAGAUGGAAACAAGUAGUAGUAAUUAGUGUUAUCCAUUUUGAUUAAUGGGUUACAGAUCUUUUUAUUUUUUUCUUCUCACCUGUAUCAGAAUAGUCUAUGCUGCCUAGUUUUUGGCUCUGACGAUAGCAGUAACUAGGAUGCACUUGAGACAAAAAUCUGGUUCUUUUGAAGCA